AUGGAGUGCACCAAAUGGAGACGGUUCACUAAAAUUCACAAAAUCAUUCAGGUGGCUGAAUCAUGGAUAGUUUGGAUCAUUUCUGCUGUUGCUUCGACGUACUUUCUUUCUAUGGCUUGCAAAAACCAGAAGCGGCUUCUGAAGCACCAGAUUGUUAUGAAGCGAGGUUCUGCAGUGGAUAGAGAAAUCAGUCAAAAAUACGCCAAUGACAAGAAAAUGAGCACUAAGGAAAAAGAGGAGCGCGCUCUUUUCCGUAAAAAUGAGGUUGCGGAUUCAGAAGCGACAUAUUUGUCCAUAUUCUUCACCAAUGUGCUGUUUCUCUCGAUUAUGUUGUUCUUAGCGUUCUUCCUACUUGCGAAUCUCACACCUAUUUUCAAUUCUCUGCUUUCUGUCAUUGGAUCUGCAGGUCUUGUGGCAUUCCUUUCUACUGCUAAGAAUUAG